AUGCCAUUUGGGCAUUCUUGCGUGUGUAUCAAACGUCUUGAAAAUGGGAAGCCAUCAGAGGAAGGUCUGGGGUAUGAAAAGGUUCAACUGAAGAAUCAUUUAGAUGUCACCAAAAAACAUUGGACAACCUGGCAUCAGUUGGUUUCUACUGACACAAUGAAAUGGAGUUCGGAGACUCGAAGGUUUGGUGCCAGUGAAGAAGAAUGGACCGAGUAUUUAGAGGCAAAUCCUGAUGCUGCUCAAUUUCGGUUCAAGGAGCUUCUAUUUGCUGACAAAUUAGACGUCAUUUUUGGAGUAGCUGCAGGGUCUGGAGGAACAGUAAGACCUCUUAGACGUAGGAGGCACAACUAUUGUACGACUUUGACACAGCCAUCUACUCGGCCAAAAAAGCACCAUAAUUACUUGACUGAAAGAGAAGCUCCUACUCAUUUUGCGAACUACCAAGAUGAUUCAAUGAACACGGGUUUUCAUACAGUAGAGCCAGUGAAUGCAAUACCAGAUAGCAACAUAGAGCAUUGUUAUGAUACUGUUGAAUCAAGGAGCUUUAUGACUAUUCAAUCUCCACUACCCAGGCCCAGUUAUAGUAUUGAAGAUUGCAUCAAGUGCCUAGAUUCAAUUGAAGAACUUGAACAAGGGGGUGAACUCUAUUUGUUUGCUCUAGAUAUAUUCCUGAAGCAGGAAUACCGGGAGAUUUUCCUCAACUUAAAGAAGUCGAGCACCAGGAUUGCAUGGUUAGAAAGAUUGCAAACAGUUGGUCCACAAUUGCCUUCGCAUUCGGAAUCUUAA